AUGCGUGCAAUGGUGAGAGGCAUGGUGGGGCGUGGAAAGAAGAAAGAGAAGAAUGGAAGUGUUCCACAAACGACAGUCCCCGGUCCUCCUGCCAGCACAAAACAUGCAAAAAUCCAGCCGAGCUUUUCAUGUUCUCCACCAAUGGAACGAAAAGAGUCAAGACCUGCUCCAAUUCAAGUCAAUCCAGCAGAUCAUUCGGUUGGAAGUCCACCUGCAAGAAGGCAACCACCGAAACGUGUUCCCAGUGGAAAAGGGACUUCUGGAGGAUUCUCCGGAGUUGUUAAAACCGAUUUGGCUGUGUGA